AUGGCUCCGAGAAUUAAGGUUAUUUCAAGAAAUCCAGAUGAUUAUCAAAGGGAAUCAACGAGUAACAUUUUUAAAGUUACAAGAAAUUUUAAUGCAACAAAAGAUACAUUUCAAAAUGCAAUUGAAUAUACACGUGCUUUAAAUGCUGCAAAAUUAGAUAGAGUUUUUGCAAAACCAUUUGUUGGAGCAUUAGAGGGGCAUAAUGAAGCUGUUACUUGUAUAACUAAACAUCCUAAUUAUCUUGGUUACGUUAUUACAGGUGCUCGUGAUGGUGAAUUUAAACUAUGGCACGUUGCAACAAUGAAAUGUCUAGCAACUAUUCAGGCCCAUGAAGGAUUAUUAACUGGUAUGUCAAUUGAUGGUAAAGAGGGAAAAUCAAUAGUUACAACAGGAUAUGAUAAACAACUUAAAGUAUGGGAUUGGCCAAAUGUUCAAAAAUAUACAUUUAAUCAACUAAAAGAUACAGAACCAUCUCUUUCAAUAGCUUUAGAUUAUGUACCACAAGGAGUUUCACAUAUUUAUGAUUCAACAGAUUUUGUUGUAUGUGGUGAAGGCAUCUCAUUAUGGAAACAAGAAAGAGAUACACCAUAUCAUAAGUACGAUCUUGGAGUUAAUUCUGUUUUCCAUGUCAAAUGUAAUCCAGUAGAACCAACAAUAUUUGCUGGAACAACAAGUGAUAGAUCUGUAUUUAUAUUAGAUACACGUCAACAAGUUCCAGUUACAAAAUUUGUUAUGAAAUUAAGAAAUAAUGCUAUUGCAUGGAAUCCAAUGGAAGCAUUUACAUUUACAACAGCUAAUGAAGAUUAUAAUUUAUAUACAUUUGAUAUACGAUAUUUUAAUAGAGCACUAAAUGUUCAUACGGAUCAUACAGCAGCAGUUAUGAGUGUUGAUUAUGCACCAACAGGAAAAGAAUUUGUAAGUGGAUCGUAUGAUAGAACAGUUAGAAUAUUUAAUGUAGAACAUGCCAGAUCACGAGAAGUUUAUCACGGUAAACGUAUGCAACAAGUUUACUCUGUUUGUUAUACAAUGGAUUCAAAAUAUGUUCUUUCUGGUAGUAACGAAAUGAAUGUUCGUGUUUGGAAAUCAAAUGCUUCUGAACAAAUAGGUCCAUUAAGUAAAAGAGAAAAAAAUACACAUUAUUAUAAUAAGGCUCUCUUAAAUCAGUAUAAAAAUCACCCAGAAGUUAGAAAAAUUGCCACUCAUCGUCACGUACCAAAAAGUGUUUAUACUGCUACCAAAGAACACAGAACUAUACGUCAAUCACAGAAAAAGAAAGCAGACAACAGGAGAGCAAAUACUCGUAAAGGUGAUGAUCCUGAAGCUUACAUUGACGUUCGCUCUGAUAACAUUAUUUCAACUGAUUUAGACUAG